UAAACAGAGUGGAGCGCAAAUCUUUGGCAAGUGUUUUCUAUCCUACAUUGAAUAAAACUAGUCAAACUUUUUCAAUCGAAGACAUCUUUYAGGGAUUUGGAUGGAGCCGGGGUUAAAGUUAGGAAUUGUAUACAUCGGUAAAGCCGGAGGAAAGCAUAAGUACUCCCUGGUUGAUGAGAAGGAUAUCCCAAUUGUUAAAAAGUUUAGAUUUGAGGCAAGAGUGGAUGUCGACAGGGAUGGUAAUGGUGCUAAUAUCUAUGCUUAUGCUUAUGAUAUGAACAAAGAAAGGACUAGAGGCUGCUAUUUUCAUGAAUAUAUAUGGGAGAGACACUGUGGUGGUGUUGCYCCAGGGUUUAAAGUAAUACACAAGAAUGGAGUCACAGUAGAUAAUAGGCUAUAUAACCUUACCAUAGUACCAAAUAAUUGCAAAAAGUACAAAAGACAAAGAACUGAAAAAAUGGAUUGUUAUGGUGAACCAAGUGAAGACCAAAGUAUUUACUGGACAGCAGUUUCCAGGAUUCCCCCUCCUGAACCACACGAAGAGGAACUCAGUUGCACAAGUUAUAGUAAAUUCUAUGAUGCAAAUGGAAACCUAGUUAGAGAAGAAGAUGAUUCAUCAUCUUUUUAUGAAUGUCACUUUGCACCGUGUAGUAAAAUAGAACAUGAGCUCCAAGAGUUCAGUAUUUGUGGAAGAUGUCAGCAAGUUAGAUAUUGUGGUACACUUUGUCAGCAGAGGGACUGGCCRAAUCACAAGAAAUGCUGCAAGGAGAAAGCAAAGCAAAGAUUGCAAAGCAUUCCACCUGAACGAUAGACAGCAUCUAUAUCUUAUUAGUUAAGACUAUUUAAAUUGGACUAAGGGACUCUAACUACACAUAAGCAACAAAGGUUAAAAUUCAAUCAUUUUUCAUUGACUUCUGCACAUUUUGUAAUGUACAAAAAAUACACUUUCCAUGCUGAUGCUCAACAGUAGAAUUUUAGUUUUAUUGCUGAGACAAAGAGUUGGUUUUUAGCAUUACACUUAAAUCCAUUGUUUUCUUUAACAACCAAUGCUAACUGAUUGUCAUUGCAUCGUCGAAUGAAAAGGACCCUAUUAAGGAUAAUUAUUAUAAUAAUAACAAUUUUGCUGUAGAUUUUUCUAAAGUAUCAUUGAGUCAAAGUAGGAAAAGUGAUGUCUCAGAAUUUUGAUAUAUAAUUACUGAUCUCUUUGCAUACAAUUUCUUUGUGUACAUAUGUUCCCACCCUCCCCCCUAUGGAGAAAAUUUGAGAAGAAACGUUUCCUGCCCAAACCUUGAACAGAUGUUAAUGCAAUAGCUCUUUUCCAUUACUUUCUUUUCAAUACUCUUGUUUUACAAUUAGUGUCAUUUGCUGUGUAACCACGACCUUAUAUUAAGCAACACAGCUAUAACAUGAAAUGUUUUAUCACUCAGACUUAUUAGAUGCACAUUAACCAGGGCUCAGCAGCAACAUCUAUUAUGGCUUCCAGAGUGAUCCAACAUGUCUUGUUUGUCCAUAACUUUUAAAAGUUUGAUACUUAUGAAAUAAGAGUAUUGUCUCAAAAAGUCUUUUUAUGGGAAAGUAUUUACCAUAAUUUACAAUUUGUAUUCCGCUUGAACUUUGAACAAAUGGAAUUCUGAGAUGCUACUGACAGUAAUGACUGCAAAAAGAUUUCAACAUUUUACUCAAUGUUCUGUUAUGUAUCAUGUAAUUAUAGUUAGUACUUUGAUGUGUAUGAAAAAGUGUAAUAAACCAGUGAAAAUA